UCGGCUCCGUUAUCUACUAUUAAUCCCUCUAUGAUCUAAAUCACUCUAACAAAAAUUGAGUGCACAAAACAAAUUAAUAGAACAUACCUAUAUCUUGAUUUGUGAAUUUUUGCUAUACAUAAAUGGGAUCAAAGAUGGGUAAUUCCCCAGUGAAUAUUUCGUUCGAAAAGUUGAGGAAAUUGUCAAUGAAAGUGAAGAUCUUUUUGGGGGUAUUGUUUGCUUUAUGUGCUUUGCUGUCCUUAAAGUUAGUCGUCAAAAGGCACUACUAUUUCUUCAUAGCCUCUGAAGUAGCUCAUGCUGCAGGGACAAUUGCCCUCGUAUACAAGCCUUUCUCCCUGAAGACCUGCGCUGGUUUAUCGCUCAUAACCCAAGAGAUAACAGCUUUAUUCCUAGCAGCAAGAAUAUGUUGUAGCAACUUCGCAGUGGCUAGCAUGCACACCGGAGAACAGAAACCAGCUUCCAAAUACAUACUGAAUGCGAAAACAAUUCGAGUGAAACUCCGGUGAGUUGUAUAAGGGUGGAUUAAUAUCGCAAGGAUUGCAGAA